AUGGGGAACAGCGACGCCCUGCUGGUGCUCGCUGUUAUUGUGGUCAAGUGUGGAUUCGCUCAAGAAGACCCCAGUAUUGCCUGCCACCCGCACUACAAGGCCUCUUCUGACCUCGGUAAUUUCACUCACUGGGCCGUCUCUACUGAAGCUGGGUUAUGUGCAACGGUGCCAAGGACAAUACACGGGAAGGGAGGCAACAUAGCGGACGCAGCUGUGGCCACCUUACUUUGCAUGGGCGUUGUGCUUCCGCAAUUCAUGGGCAUCGGAGGCGGAUUUAUCGCAACACAUUACUCAAGGCGUGAAAGGCGGGUCAUGUCCCUCAUCUCUCGAGAGGUGGCUCCCAAGGCUGCGACCACGGACAUGUUCGUCGAGAAAGCUACGCUGUCUCUCAUGGGCGGCCUGUCCAUUGCCGUCCCCGGAGAGAUACGCGGCUACGCUGAGCUGCACGAGCGCCUAGGUGGCAGGCUUCCCUGGAAAGCGCUCUUCGAAGACGCCAUUCGCUUGGCCAACGAAGGAUUCCCAGUGGGGCAUUAUACGCCAUAUGCUCUCUGCUACGAAGCGCCCUACUUGUUUGCUUGCCCCAAUGGACCAUGUGAUCCGCGAUGGAAUGCCUUCUGGAAUUUCGAGCGUGGUAGCCCCCUCAAGCAAGGUGAGGUGCUCGUGCAGAAGGACCUGGCACGCACGCUUGAAGCCAUCGCUGAGAACGGUCCGGAUUACUUUUACGAGGGCCCAUUCGCAAAGGAGAUGGUUCGCGAAAUCGCCAGCGAAGGAGCAAUCCUAACAGUCGAAGAUCUGCGGUCAUACCGCCCCACAUGGGAGCCUGCUCUCAGCGUUACUCUCCAAGAUGGCCGAGUUCUCUACACGGCACCACCACCUGGCGGUGGCGCCAUCUACACCUACAUAAUGGCUAUCAUGGAUGCUUUCAGAAACAACGUCAGCGCAGAGCUUCAAAAUGAUGCACUCACUCUGCACCGCGUUAUCGAAGCCUGCAAGUUUGGUUUCGCGAAGAGAAGCCUCCUUGGUGACCCACGCUUUGAAGACGUAAGAGAUGUGCUGCAGAACCUGACGUCCUGGGACUACGCCAAUGCGACGCGGUGGAAGAUCGACGACGACAGGACAUACCACGACCCAACUCACUACGGCCUCGACACCGCGCCUGCGCCAGAGAAUAGAGGCACGGCGCACCUCUCCCUGUGGGAAGACGACGGAGACGCCCUUAGCGUCACCAGCACCGUAAAUGGAUAUUUCGGAAGCCUGAUACGGAGCUCUUCGGGAAUAAUCUUCAAUAACCAGAUGAACGACUUCUCGACACCCGGCCAGAUCAACUUCUGGGGCCUCGCACCAUCGUCGGCCAACUUAAUAAAGCCGGGCAAGAGGCCCCAGUCCUCCAUGAGCCCCGCUGUGGUGGUUGACGCCAACGGAGACGUGGAGAUGGUCAUCGGUGGCUCAGGUGGAAGCAAGAUAAUUACGGCAGUGGCUCUGGUGAGCAUGAGGGCACUUUGGCAGAGCGGCAACAUCAAAGAAGCCAUCGACUACGCAAGGCUGCACGAGCAGCUCACACCCGAUGAUGUCAUGGUGGAACCUCAAUAUCCCGAAACCUACGCUCGCCAGCUUGAAGAAAAAGGCCACAAGAUACAAACAGUCUUUGGAGAGUUCAACAACGUGAUGGCCGUGCAGCGAAAGCACCAACGCCUCCACGCCAACGCCGACUACCGCAGCGAUGGAGGUGUCGACGGCACCUGA